CACCGAAAGUGGAAUAUUCUAGCUCAUCAACAUCAAUUACUGCGAUUUUUACUGCCUAUGAGCCAAUAACAACGGAAUUCUGCGUGAACUCCAGCAAUAUAGGAGUACACUGUGGCAAUAGUUCAAUCGUGACUAUACCUGGCCUCAGCCCGUACACUGUCUACUCAGUGUUCGCAUACGUCAAAACAAGCAACAUACGCUCACAGUCCACGGCUGCAGUGACGAUCAGGACCAAUGCUACAGCUCCAAUCGCUGCACCAGGCAACGUCACCAUGUUGACCCCAACAGCAAUAUCAAUAAACCUCAGCUGGACUGCUGUGGACCCAUACAAGCUGAAGGGCGGACUGGUUGCGUAUCACAUCGAUCUCUUUCUUCCGAAGGGCUGUAUCGUUACUUCAACCAAGACAAAUAACACCCACAUCUCUGUCGGCGGGUUAACAUUUGGCACAACAUAUACCGUAUCAGUGACGGCCGAGUCAACGGGAGGCCUCAGCAGCUACGAAAGUAACUUGCAAGUCUCCACAAUCCAGGAUGUGCCACCACCUCCAAGCAUCAGAUAUCACCUAUCAACUGCAACAACAAUAAUUGUAAUAUUUGAGACACUCAGUGGCCAUUUUACAAUUGACCAAUACUGCUGCAUGUGGAACCGUACGACAGUAUCCGGUACUCACUUGCCAACAGCACCUACAAUAACCUGCAGCAACGUCACAUCCAUCGUACUCGACAACCUGGAUGAGGACUCCACGUACACUCUAAUCGGGUUUGCUUUCAACACUGCUAUGGAUAACAGCUCACAUUCAACACCGUUCAACCUCACAACUAAACCUGCAGCCCCAUCGGAGCCACCCGCAUCUGUGAACAUCACGGAUGUCAACAGAACAUCACUCACUGUAGUAUGGGAUGAAGUACCCUUAUUUGGUCGCAACGGUCCAAUCACACAAUAUCUAGUCCAGUACAACAGCCAAGAACAACGCGUUGGAAGUGAUCAGCUCUCGCUCAGAUUGGAUGGCCUUCAACCUAACAAAUACUAUACGAUCAGCGUGUCAGCUAUUGGAUAUCAAUGUGAAGAAAGACCACCGAAACGUGGAGCAGGUGAUAAAACAAUUGAAGCUGUACCUGAUGCGCCGACAAUCACACUGACCUCAACGCCAACCAGUAUGAAGGCGGACAUCGUGUCCAAUUCGCCAGACUGGAAUGUUAUGCGAUACUGUGUCAAGGCUGCUGCCAAGGCAACUGGGGACAAUCAGGUGAUACUGCCUUCUCAGUUGCCAGCGAAUGUGCCAAACUGCACAGAUACUGACACAAUUGAGAUUUACAACCUCGAAGAGUUUGUUCUCUACACAGUGAGCGGCUGGGUGCUGAAUGGUAGAGGAGAAGCUGGCACUGCGACCAUCAAAGAUCAUAAAACUCUACAGGCAGUGCCAAGUCAGGCUCCUGCAGGACUCACUGUCACGGACAUCACGGACACAUCUGCUAAACUACAAUGGAACGCCAUCCCCCUACUGGACCAGAAUGGAAAAAUCCUAACCUACCAAGGGAAUAUCACAGCUAUCUCUCCUAUCCGUGGAUCAUUGAGCCUCGCUGUCGUUGCCCCUGCUCUCAGUGGAGACAUUAGACGGUUGAAGCCAUACACGAACUAUGAGGUUGUCAUUGCUGCUGAAACUACGGUUGGUCAAGGUCGCUGGUCUAAUGCUGCGUCAUUCAGGACGAAGCAAGCCGCCCCAAGCAUUGGACCUACAGGGAUCAGCUCCACGUAUGUGAAUAGCACUGCUCUACGACUGACCUGGAAAGUGCUUCAAGACCACGAACUCAACGGUGUCUUAGUACGCUAUGAUGUCAGGAUUUCUGGCCCAGAAGACUACACACGAGUUUACAACGUGGCUCCUAGUGCCACAACGCGCAUCAUACCCAACCUUAACAUCAACACAGUGUACGGUAUGUCUGUGCGGGCUGUUAACCAGGCUGCACCUGGGCCGUUCAGCAAUCCAGUGCAACAACGAACAGAUGAAUUCACUCCCGAUGCUGUUACAAACGUCAGCGUUGAGUUCGAGACAAACACUACCAGUGUGACUGCCAUUGUCUCCUGGACGCCGCUGACAGAGAGCAGGGGAAUCAUUACUGACUAUACGAUUUUCUACAGUGAACUUAACUCAACAGAGGAGGCGCAGCUGAAUACUUCCAUGAGCGAUCUGACAGGUUACAAAACAGCAACCGUCUCUGGGAAGGAGAGCAAUGCAUUGAUUCAUGCAAUAGUAGAACGGACACCCUGUGCGUUUGUUCUAGUUGCAAGCACCAGAAUCGGUUUGGGUCCAGCAAGUGAGCCAGUCUUCUCACAAGGAGCUGCACUGUAUCCUGGCCAGCCAAGGCAGAUCGAAACCAGAUUCCUUGAUCACAGCACAGCCGAGCUGACUUGGAAACACAGCUUAACAGGAGGCAAUCCAAGCAGCUAUAGAAUGUUUGCAUUCUAUGAGGGAGAUUAUGUGGAAGAGCAACAGCAGCAGCAUCGUCGUCACCGCAGUGUUGAGUUGAAUGCUACCCUGCUGAAUAUCAGUCAGGACGUAGGAGGCGAAGAGUUAACAGGGCGCAUUGGAAACCUCCCUGCUGGAAAGCACUACGCAUUUGACGUGGUUGCAAGGGUGGAUUUCAGUGGCAACGUCUUGACGAGUCCGAACACCCUUGACUUCAGCAACAUGACCACUAUGUACCUCCAGCCUCAAAGUGAACAAGGAACUAGCCACACCACAGGCUUGGUUUUGGGAAUCCUAGCAUCUCUUAUACUGCUCUCUUUCAUCAUCAUUUUUGCACGAAAAUACCGCAACAAAGCCAAGUCCGAAACUGAGGGCGGUGGCUGGGCUUCACCGGGAACUUCAUUCAUCUUCAUGAAGAAACAGAGCGCAACGGCGAUCAUUGACAAAAGCGCACCAGCAGAGGAGGAAGAGACAUUACAAACCGAGGACAAACGAUAUGGUGAAGUGAGAGUCGAGGGUUCUAAGAAGAGUGUGCCAGCUUAUAUAGAGGUGACUGAAAAUCCCUCAACCUUACCCCGGGAUAGGGCUGAGCCCAUGGCAAAGAGUAUUCCACUUUACUUAGACGCGUUUGAUGGUCCUUCAACCCAACCCAGCGGUGUGGCGGAGGUGGUGGAAAAGAGCGAGCCUGCCUACCUAGUCUUGAUGGAAGGUCCUACCAACCACGUGCAGGAUAUGGGCGAGGUGAAGAAAAGGAUUGAGCCUGCCUAUAUCGAUGUGUUUGGACCCCCCUCUAGCCUGCUCAACCCGGUUAUUGUCACAGACAUCUGGGAAGCUUCUGAAGGUGAUGGAGUGUAUGACACGCAAGCCGGAACUGAAGCAGAUGGAGCCACAGAUGUGACAGGGGAACGAUCUCCAUCAUAUAUCGACGUGUCAGAGAUCACAUUUAACAACGCACAGGAUGCCACAGCAACAGAAGGACGUGGUGAAGUUGCGAAAGAUGAAGCUUCCGAGGAGAUAGCCGAGAGCAAAAGAAACCAAACGGCAGAUGUGACGAAGAAACGUGCGCCACUCUAUAUCAAUGUUCCGGGACACCAGUCGCGGCGAACCCAGGCAGCCACGGCGACAGAAGGAGCUUGUGAGACUGGUCAAGAUGAUGUGAUUCAAGACAACGGAAUUGAAGAUGACCCGUACGAUAACCCACAGGUGAUGAACAUGAGCGCAUCACAUUAUGUCAACAUUGCAAGGAUCCCGUCACGUCACCGUCAAAGCUUCACUUUCACACAAGGAGUUCAUGACACCGCUGAAGACGAUGAUGUGUAUGAGAAAACACCUUGCGAUGGUCUUGGUCGCGACCUGGGUGCCUAAGUUCAGGAAGAAAGCAUCUCUCUCUCUCUCUCUCUCUCUCUCUGUCUCUCUCUCUCUCUGUCUCUCUCUCUCUCUCUCUCUGUCUCUCUCUGUCUCUCUCUCUCUCUCUCUCUUGUUCUGGCAGUCUGUUUGCAGUAGUUCCAUUACAAAUCUCAACAUCCACAUCGAGCCACAAGCGCUAGCAAGCGUUAGCAAGCUACUGCAUUGACCGGCACACUUGUAAUUGUUUUCUGUUUUUGUUCUUUUUCACUUCAAUAACACUGUUUUGCACUGCUUCGGUCAAAAUGGACCUGGAAAUGUUCCUUGGUUGGCCAACUAGUUUUUACUGACAAUGUAAUAAUAAAGAUAGGAACACCGCAUUUGCAAGAGCGCAGGUUAAUAUUCACAGAGAUAACUGGUGACCAUUUGGACUUUGCUCGUUGGCACCAAUAUUGUGCAUUUUUCUUAUCAUAAAAAAGGAGCGUUCUGAUUUGGCCUAUUUGCUCCCCAUCGUAUCGACGAUCCAAAAUUCACUCAAUCGCGUUUCUUCCUUAUUUCUCAUGCAUUCUUGAGCACAAACGAGGGGUUACAUUGCUAUCGAAACUUUACUCACCACUUCCAAUUUGAUGUGGGAUGUCAUCUUCACGACACCCUUCCCUUCCUUGUGCUCUGCGUUUCCUUUGCCUGCAUGCAUAGUUACCCAUGGUAUUCAUCCCUGUUCAUUUUUCCAAUUGCUAUAAUGUUCUAAUCAAUAUGGAAUGCAAGUGCACAAAGCUUGCUGGCUCUUGCUAUACUUUUUCUCCUCUGUUUCCUCGCGAAUGCCCGCUCAUUGCAUUGUUUCCUAUUCGCGUUGUUUACUUCAAAGUGAAAUCCAAAACAAUCAUCUUGGUUAUGCUUCUUGAUCAGCCCAGUAAUGUUUAACAUAAUAACAGGCUUUAUUAACAGUCGCACAAGAAUGGAUCAUUGCCUGGUUUCUUCUUCUGGUUUUUCAUGUCUCUAUCCAUCUCUUUAUAUCCCUAGCUGCUUUCUGUGUGUUGGGUGUUUGGUCUCAACGCCUCUCCCUCUUCACGUUUCUUCUCUCCUCCGUAGCGUUCUCCUGCUAUGGAAGGGCUGCAUUCGGCAUCACCAGUACAGAUGAGUACGCUCAUAAUAACUAACGUGAUAUUUUGCAAAUCCACUGCUGUCCAACUGUAUUCAUAUUUUGCUAUUGUUCCCCAUUUCCCUGUAUGGAUGUGCACAUCAAUAGAUGAAUGAGUGAAUUACAUACAAGUAAUAGGAUAGCUCAACUGCCUUCGUCUUGCUGCUGCUGUUGCGCGAGUUUGCCUAAGCAUGGCAGCUUCAUCUGGAUA